GCACAAAAGGUAACCAAAUAAUUUCUCACACCCAAAAUGCCAAAAUGACCAAUGUUGCUAGUACGCUACUACCAUUGGAUUCCAAAUUUUACCAUAUCAAAUUCUGAAACCAAAAAAUUCAACCUUUUAAGGCAGACUCCCUCCACUAGUCUUUCCCUGACUCACUUACAUUCGUCAAGAAAAUACAGAAGAAAACACAGGGGACAAGAAUCCCAAUAGAAAUCACCAAAACCCAGUAAGCAUUUUGAUGAGAAUCGACCCAAUAAUGAGACCCAAAUCCCUGAAAGGGAAUUGGAGCUCCAGGUUGAAGUUCAAGGCCAAGCUACGAUUACCCACCGUCCUCGUUUUCUGCUCUUUCUUCUUCCUCGCCGGUUUCUUCAUCUCCUCUCUUUUCUCUCAGGAUGUAGAUGGUGGUGGCAAUACACCCAGAACGAGGUUGCUGGAAACAGAGUACGAAACGCUGCCGUUUGGGGAGACUGGAGACGAGUCUUUAACUUCAAUUCCCUUCCAGGUGUUGAGCUGGUAUCCGCGAGCAUUAUAUUUUCCUAAUUUUGCUUCUGCGGAGCAAUGUGAGACUAUAAUCGAUUUGGCAAAGCCGGCCCUUAAACCCUCGACCUUGGCUUUGAGAGAGGGAGAGACUGAGGAGAACACAAAGGGAAUUAGAACAAGUUCUGGGAUGUUUCUUUCGGCUUAUCAAGACAAGUCUGGGACUUUGGAUGUCAUUGAGGAAAAGAUUGCAAGAGCAACAAUGAUUCCCAGGACCCAUGGAGAGGCAUUCAACGUCUUGCGUUAUGAGAUUGGGCAGAAGUAUAAUUCUCAUUAUGAUGCAUUCCACCCGGAGGAAUAUGGUCCACAGACAAGCCAAAGGGUUGCAUCAUUCCUGUUGUAUUUAACUGAUGUUGAAGAAGGCGGGGAAACAAUGUUUCCAUACGAGAGUGGCUUGAACCUGGAUGGAAAACAUGAUUCUCAGGAAUGUAUGGGUUUGAGAGUGAAGCCGCGUAAAGGAGAUGGCCUUCUGUUUUAUUCAUUGUUCCCUAACGGUUCCAUUGACCCUUUAUCAAUACAUGGGAGUUGUCCUGUAAUCAAAGGCGAAAAAUGGGUGGCUACAAAGUGGAUGAGGGAUCAAGUACAAGAGGAAUGAAUAGUUGUAGUUGUCAACACAGUGAACACAGAGUAUUGUGAGUGCAUUGCUCAAAUUUUCAUCUUCACCUGAGCAUUGAGCACACAAUCCCCACCUCAACUUCCCCUUGGUUAUGGGCCUUACUUUUGUUCUACGAUCGGAGUUUUGAGAAAUCUCUGGGUGUUGAUAUCUGGUCCCAUUCAAUUAAAUAAAGAAAGUUGAUCAUAUACCA